AUGCGGAAGAUCCCGGUGUGGGUUCGGCUUUACAAUGUGCCACUUGAAUAUUGGACGGUUCAAGGCUUAAGCUUUGUGGCUAGCGCUAUUGGGAUUCCUUUGCAUGCGGAUCACAUCACCCUUGCAAGGAAGCGACUUAGUUUUGUUCAGGUCUGUGUGGAGAUUGAUGCUUCUGAGGAUCUCAUUAAGGAAUUUGAUUUGCAAUGCCCUAAUGGCGAGCAAAUAUGUGUUGUUGUUGACUUUGAGCGGCUGCCUCAUAAAUGUGGACUUUGUGGAGUAUUUGGCCAUUCGAAUGGCACUUGCCCUAAGGUGGCCAAGGAGAAAACAAAGCAAGUUUGGGUUCCUAAGAUCGAUGGUGGUGACAAAGUGGUGCCUAAGGUGGGUUCUACUAGUGAAGGUGAAUUGCAAGAAGUUACAAGGCGUAAAAAAGGAAAGUCACUGGUGGAAUGUGGGGUACCUUCAACUUCUCAUUGUGAGAAUAAAGGUUGA